UAAGCAUUCAUAACCUCAAUGUCAGUACAAAUAGGAGACCCGCGGUUUCUUAGAUAAGUCGAAGUUUUACGCUAAAACAAAAGACGCAUGGAGAAGAGGACAAAUUUGGUGUCACCCUAACCUAAAGGCAUCGAGUGCACGACCCGAAAAUUAGGGCAAGCACCUGCGAGUCGCACCUGUCGACCCUAGCUUGUCGAGUGCGGUUUCGCUGCGAUUGCGAGAGCGAGGGAGAGGGAAGAAGAGGAUUUUGGGGUUAGGACGUGUGCGGUGAGUUGGAGAUGCUGACGUGCCUCAAAGUUGACAGGUAUUUGGCUACAGAAAAAGGUUGCGGUAGAUAGUAACGAAGAAGUACCGUGACUACGUUCAAGGACUUUCAGAGGAAAUAGAAAAACGAGGGAGGAGUGUAAGGUAAUUCUGCACAGUUUGUGCAAUUCAGAAAGACUUUUGUCAGCUCGGUCAAAGAUGGAUACCUGGUUGGAUGGUGGUAGUCGUGCAGCUGCUCGUGGCUCUGUGCUAUGCCCAGGGUCGAAGGGAAGCUCUUCCUCGGGAAGGUAAGGGAGAUGCAAGGUUAUCAAUACCAGAAGCUGAUGUCAGAGACUGCGGAGGAACGUGCUGCGAAACUGUACACUGCGGUGGAAAGAAUGAAGAACGCCAGGACGAAGGAGACGGAGGAGCAGGCGGCCCUGAGGAGGAUGCAGGAGGCGCAGAGGAUGGCCAGGCAUCGGGCUAAGAAGAAGAGAUGUCUCGACGAGAACCUCGCCCGGGAGAUAUCGAAGAUUGCCGAACUCUCGAAGAUGCCCGAUUCGGCAACGAUAACUCAAAUGUCGGAGAUGAACAUGAACAAGAUCUCGGCAGAGCUUAAGCAGAUGAUGGAAAGGGGUAAGGUGCCAGAGCACAUCGUACAGAUGGCUCAGCUAGCUGAGUUCAGUAAAAUGACGGAGCUGAACAAGAUGUCGCAAGACAUGGCCAAGAGGUACGAGCUUGAGAAGAUGGCUGAGUAUGCCAAGACCACGGAGUACAUGAAGCUCCAUGAGAUUGCAAAGAUGAACGAGAUGGUUAAGUUUACUGAGAUGGCCAAGUACAAUGACAUGACUAAGAUGAACGAGAUCGCCAAGAUGAACGAGAUGAUGAAGAUGUCGCAGAUGGCCAAGAUCAACGAGGUACAGCGGAUGAACGAGAUAGCUAAGCUCAACGAGAUGGUGAAGAUGACGGAGAUGGCCAAGUACAAUAACGACAUCACAAAGUUAAAUGAGAUCGCACAGAUCAACGAGAUGGCCAAGGAAAUCGCCAAGCUGAAUGAAAAGACCAAGAUGAACGAGAUGAUGAAGAUGGCCAACAUGCAGAACGACAUGACCGUGAAGAUGCCAGAGUACUCAAAGAUGGCAGAGAUGGCCAAGCUGACGGAACUGGCCAAGCUUAACGAGAUCACUAUAACCAAGCUGAACGACCCAAUGCCGCAGAAGGUGCCAGAGAUACCUCGCAUUCCAGAGCCUGUUAUAACAGUGCCAAAUCCCAGGAACUUGCAGAACGUCCAGGCUGUGCAGGUGGCGCAAGCCAGUCCGUCGAGUACAAUCAACUUCCCUUCGGUGCCUGGCCAGGGGAAGUACGCCCAGCUUUUAGUGAUCAUCGAGGAACUCGGACGUGAUAUACGUCUGUCUUAUGCUGGGAGCCGCAGUGCAGCGGAACGGCUCAAAAUGGGCAUUCAGCAUGCCAGGAUCCUAGUCCGUGAAUGCCUUUUAGAGACUGAACAUAAUGCCAGACAGUGAUUGGUCGUCGAUUGGUUCAGUGGAUUUGUAGAGGUUAAUGUUUAUAUCGUGAGGAAGGCAGUCCCUUCGCUUAUAAGGUGACGUAUACGAAGCGGUGCGAAUCGGGGAAGGGGAUCUCUGCUUCGAGGUAGUCACGUCGUCUCGCGGCCGAUGUCUUAUGGUGAACAGAGAUUUUGUAUUUACAAUUUAUUUUAUAUAAGCAUUCGUGCAAACACUGAGUUAUCUUGAGACGGGGUCGUUAUGGACGAUAGGUUAGGUUUUUCGAUAGGUAUCAGGGAAUCGUCGUCUACGACGCAGCCUUAACCUCCCACGUGUUUCCUCACCGCGAUUCUGUACUUCAGUGCCGGGCUCAGGCUGCAGACUUAUAGGUUAAAACGUUGUAAUUUCUACAAAAGAGGUAUUGCCGCUACUUACAGUUGUACGGGUGAAACAGAUCUAUUUAGACGAGGCGUAUCUAUUGGAAUUAUAACUCUAGACGUGUAAGGCAAUUGAUAAAUAAAAUGCAAGUUUUCUA